ACGAGAUUGGAACCAAGCUUCCGCUCCCCUCGCAAAUGGCUACAGAACAUGAGCUACCUCCGUGGGCGGGUGCCCCAAAAUUUGAGUUCCAGCUUUUUAAAAAUGCAACUAAAAUGGCAAGGUCCUAUCAUACGUUGGGAGUCAAUGUGAGAAGGCUUUUGAGGCAGAAAUCUGAUGAAGGAGGUGCACAGUAUGUGCGGGAUUUAAAAAUUUCUGAGUCCCUUGGUUUUCAGCAUGAAAUUCCCGAGUUGCCAAUACAACCUAGCUAUUUCAUUGUUGCAAUGGUUCCACCUCCGGAUGUAGAAGAUGGCACACUUUUGGAUAGGGAGGUUGAGUUACUAUUCGCUGCUGACUCGAUGUAUCACCUUGGUUUCUCAGCAAAAAGUGUUUGGUAUGUUUUUAAAGAUGCUAUUCUCCCUGGAGUUAGAGAAGGAUGUGAAGCUAAAUACAACAUCGAAAGACUUACCUUCAAAGGAAGCUACCAAGAGGUUGGGAUGGAUUUUAAGAAUUUGGUUAUUGGUUUCCUUGGACAAUUAGAGACCUAUGAAGUGCUACUAGACCAUAAACGGGCAUCUCAUAGGCAAUUAGUCCAAGUCAUGCGCCGCAAUUUGGUGACUUUUUCUGAGCCAAUGAGAUUUGCUUUUCUGUUCAAGCUAAAUCUCACAAUAUUUCAACUUGGAAAUCUGUGUGCUGUGUUGGAUGUUCCUGUCAAAAAGAAUGAGUUAUACCGGAAUCUUUCUUAUCAUUUCAAUGAUUGGAGCAAUUACUCUGAGAAGUGCAGACAAGGAAGAGAAAAAUUUGAUGCAGAAUGGCAACGAUCUGAUCCAGAGUUUAGCAAGUACAUAUUAUCAGGAAUUCCCACGUUUGAUGCUCUGUUAAAUUUUGUGAGUCUGUUGUCAAAUAAAAACCACAAGAAAAGUAGGGAAGAGGAAUCUGAAAAGCACAUGAAACAAUCUUUUGGAAAUCUAGAAGAUCGCAAGGAGGGUGGUGGGGAUGAGGAUCCUCCAAGUGAUAAAGAUGGUAAUAAAGAGAGACGUAAGAAGAAAGACACAUCUUCCGCCUGGUUCUUUGAGGCCCCUGUGAUGCCAUUCCAUUGGAUUGAUAGAGGAUCAGACAUAGUAAAGGAGUAUGCAUUUUAUGUGCUGAAACAGAGAUGGUCCUACACAUGUGUGAAACAACUUAUUGAGAGGCUUAUUUCUGGUGAGUGGGGUGAAUUUUGUACAUUUUCCAUUGGCGACACUUUAAUUUUCCUAACUGUGUAUGUUGAGUUUCCACCAGCUAAAGCAAUGGAGAAUGACUUCAUUCCUGAUGUUGAUUGUCCCAGCGUGGGUUUUCCGCUGGUUUUGACUUGCUUCAGCAACAAUCUCUUUCGCAGAGAUCCCCUGAAGCUUGCUGAUGAUGGCGGCGAGUUCCAAAGCACUGUCCAAUACAUUGACGCUUUUCUUUUGAUCAUUGGGAACCCUGCUCAAACGGAUUCUCAUAUCUUCACUCUUGGGAGUCCCAACAAUGAUUUUACUGUUAGGCAACUUGCUGAAUUGAUGACAGAGGAAACUGAAUUUUUCGUGCUUAAAGUAGACGAGUCACCCUACAUCUUUGGUCCCAGGGAGGGCGUUCCAUGGGUUUUGGCUUGCUUCAGUGAAUCUUCUCACAGGAUAUACGGUGCCAUCGGAUAUUUUCAGAACCUCCUGCGCAGAGAGACCUGGAAGCUUGCUGAUGGCGGGAAUUGUCAGAGAACUUAUGUUUGCAUCAAGGAAGCCAUUGAAGCUCCUCUUUUGAUGAUUGCACAUGGCCAUGUCCCAGGAGAGCAACCUUUGAUUGCUGUGAGUUCCACACGACUCUAUGGUGAAGGAUACGAUGACAGGAUUCUUGAUGUUACUCUAAUCAUAAAGCAGCUAGUAGGUCACAUCUCCACUGUUGGGGGUCCCAGCACAUUCACUGCUAGGGAAUUUACUGAAAUGGUACAUGGCAGUGUCUCAGGAGAACCACCGCUGGAGGAACCUUUGAUUGAGGCGAGCAUGGAGCAGUUCUUGGGCAAAUAUGAUGAUAGCAACGACAAGAGGAUCCCUGGUGUGAUCCCAAACAACAAGAAGCAGCUAGGAGAGUCACCGCUGGAGGAUCCUUUGAUUGAGGUGAGCAUAGAACAGUUUUUGGGCGAAGGAUAUGACGACAGCAACAAGAGGAUUCCUGAUGUGAUGCUGAUCAACAAGCAGCUAGGGUGGAACCCAAACGAUGCCUCUCCAAAGGAACUGCUGGCGACGGCACUGACGACCUUGCAGCACAAGACCAGGCAGACAAGUUGUCGAAAGGCAGAUGUCACAGGCUCCAUCGUCGAGUUACACAACAUGCCGCGGUCUUGGAUUCUGCGGCGACACUGCUGAUCAUGUAGAGAGCAGUUUUUUGCAAGCCAUAUAGAUAGAUAAAUACACAUACUACAUACUCUCAUCGCUGAACAUGUAAAGUCCUUGCGUAAACGGGCGGAGCUGAUGUACAUUAUUCCACAAAAACCGGGGCCUGUGGGCAUCGAUGAUGCGGGCUGGAAGUAUA